AUGGCGCUCAACCUGGAUGUCUCCAACGCGACGAUGAUGAAGGAUGAGCAAGGCCGUCCUUUCAUUGUCGUCAGAGAUCAGGGGAAAAAGAAGCGACAAUUCGGCAACGAAGCUGUCAAGUCUCACAUUCUCGCCGCUCGGACAGUCGCCAACCUCGUCAAAUCCUCACUCGGUCCCCGAGGCCUCGACAAGAUCCUCAUCUCCCCCGAUGGCGACAUCACCGUGACCAACGACGGAGCGACCAUCAUGCAACAGAUGGAGAUUAGCAACCACGUCGCCAAACUGCUUGUCGAGCUGUCAAAGUCCCAGGACGACGAGAUUGGCGACGGCACCACUGGUGUCGUCGUCCUGGCCGGCGCCAUGUUGGAGCAAGCGGCCGACUUGAUCGACAAGGGCAUCCACCCCAUCCGAAUCGCAGACGGUUACGAUCAGGCUUGCGACAUUGCCAUUGCAGAAUUGGACAGGAUCUCCGACACCAUCGACUUCACGAAGGAUGAAAAGUCCAACCUAGUCAAGGUCGCACGAACUAGCCUGGGCAGCAAGAUCGUCUCCAAGGCCCACGACCAAUUCGCAAACAUCGCUGUCGACGCCGUCCUGUCUGUGGCCGACUUGGAGCGAAAGGACGUUGAUUUUGAGCUGAUCAAGGUGGACGGCAAAGUCGGCGGGGCUCUGGAAGAUACACUUCUCGUCCAAGGCGUCAUUGUGGACAAGGACUUUUCCCAUCCGCAGAUGCCAUCGGAAAUCCGAGACGCCAAGAUUGCCAUUCUCACGUGUGCGUUCGAGCCGCCCAAGCCCAAGACGAAACACCAUCUCGAUAUCACGAGCGUCGAGGAGUUUAAGAAACUGCAAAACUACGAGAGGGAGAAGUUUAUCGAGAUGAUUCAGCAAAUCAAGGACACUGGCGCCAACCUGGCCAUUUGCCAGUGGGGCUUUGACGACGAGGCCAACCAUCUCUUGCUCCAGAACAAGCUCCCGGCUGUGCGGUGGGUUGGCGGGCCCGAGAUUGAGCUGAUAGCGAUCGCGACGAAUGGCCGGAUAGUGCCGCGUUUCGAGGAUUUGAAGACGGAGAAGCUCGGCAAGGCUGGCGUUGUGCGGGAAAUGACGUUUGGCACUACGAGGGAGAAGAUGCUGGUCAUCGAGGAAUGCGCCAAUACACGCGCCGUGACGGUAUUUGUCCGCGGAAGCAACAAGAUGAUCAUCGACGAGGCUAAGAGAUCGCUGCACGACGCCCUGUGUGUCGUGCGGAACUUGGUUCGCGACAACCGAGUAGUCUACGGCGGCGGUGCGGCUGAGAUUGCGUGCUCGCUUGCCGUCGAAGACGCCGCGGUCAAGACGCCUGGCCUGGAGCAGUACGCUAUGCGUGCCUUUUCCGAGGCGCUGGAUGCUGUGCCAAUGGCUCUGGCCGAGAACAGUGGCCUCAACUCCAUCGCAACGCUGGCCGAGGUGAAGAGCCAACAGGUCAAGGCAGGGCCGAGCGGCCGGGGCAAGCUCGGCGUUGACUGCAUGGGUCGGGGCAACAACGAUAUGAAGUCGGCUUUCGUCAUCGACCCGCUGAUUGGCAAGAAGCAACAACUGCAGCUGGCGACGCAACUCUGCCGCAUGGUGUUGAAGGUGAACAAUGUCAUUGUAUCUGGUGUGGAUGACAAUGACUUUUAG